AUGUUGCAUUCUUAUCAAGAAGCUGGCCAUAGGCGCCAAAUCGAUUCUAUGUUGCAUUCUUAUCAAGAAGCUGGCCAUAGGCGCCAAAUCGAUUCUAUGUUGCAUUCUUAUCAAGAAUCUGGCCAUAGGCGCCAAAUCGAUUCUAUGUUGCAUUCUUAUCAAGAAGCUGGCCAUAGGCGCCAAAUCGAUUCUAUGUUGCAUUCUUAUCAAGAAGCUGGCCAUUGGCCAAAUCGAUUCUAUGUUGCAUUCUUAUCAAGAAGCUGGCCCAUAGGCGCCAAAUCAGUCUAUGUUGCAUUCUCAUCAAAGAAGCUGGCCCAAACAAAUCGAGUCUAUGAUGCAUUCUUAUCAAAAGCUGGCCAUAGGCACUUAAAUCGAGUCUAUGUUGCAUUCUUAUCAAGAAAGCUGGCCACAGGCACCAAAUCAGUCUAUAUUUGCAUUCUUAUCGAAGCUGGCCAUAGGCGCCAAAUCGAUUCUAUAUUUGCAUUCUUAUCAAGAAGCUGGCCAUAG